AUGACCGCCAUGACCGAUAUAUACGAAGUUAGCAUCUUCGAUUCGUCCGACGACGACAUCAGCCUGGCCGCCGCCGAAGAAGUCGGACUCCUAUCCUCGCAACAGCAGCAGAAAGAAAAACCGCAUCGCCGCACAUCCUCCAUAGACCAAUUUGUGCUGUACACGAAACGGACUGUCCGCGAGACGCUGUCGGAUCUGGAUUUUAUACAUCAUGCGCUCAGCAUCGCCUUGUUGGCGGUGCUGUGGCAUACGUUUUCGCUGGCUAUUUCUAUUUACAAUAAAUGGAUGUUCUCCGGCGACAUCAUCUCCUUCCCCUUCCCUCUCUUCAUGACCAGCCUGCACCAAGUAGUCCAAUUCGCCCUCUCCGCUCUGUUCCUCUACCUCGUCCCCUCCCUCCGACCGCAACGAAUGAGCCUCCCACCGUCUGCCGUCCUCCCAGGCGCCGACCCUCAACGCGGCAUGUCGCUCAAACGCUUAUACCUCAUCCACCUAAUCCCCGGCGGCGUCGCGACCGCUCUCGACAUGGGCCUCGGCAACAUGUCCCUACGCUUCUCAUCACUCACAUUCAUGACAGCCUGCAAAUCAUCCACGCUCGUCUUUAUUUUGCUGUUUGCAUUCCUCUUCGGCCUCGAAAAGCCAUCCCUGCGCCUCGCAACCAUAAUCGCCGUUAUGACCGCGGGCGAAGUCAUGAUGGUCCUGGGAGAAGUCACAUUCAGUCUCCCCGGCUUCGCGCUCGUGACCGGGUCCGCGUUCUUCUCUGGAUUCCGAUGGGCUCUGUCGCAAUUGUUGAUCCUGAAACAUCCCGCGACCUCGAACCCCGUAUCGAUGCUGUUUCAUCUCAGUCCCGUGGUGUUUAUCACGUUGAUCGGAAUAUCGAUCUCACUCGAAGAUCCGAACGAAAUCAUUGACGCACUAUACGCUCUCAGCGAAUCCUGCGGGAGUACGUCGACCGCUAUUUCGUUGUUGCUGUUACCUGGGUGUCUCGCAUUCUGUAUGGUAUUAUCGCAAUUCGCGCUACUGCAGCGGUCGUCGGUGGUCACGUUGAGUGUGUGCGGAAUUUUGAAGGAAGUAGUAAUUAUCAGUGUGGCGGGCGUGGUGUUUGGUGACCAGCUCACGAGCGUCAAUGUAUGUGGUGUGGUCGCUAUCAUGGCCAGUGUGGUGGCAUAUAAUUAUAUGAAGAUUACGACUGCAAGGAGAGGGGUGAGAGAGAAGUAUAUUGGGGAGAAGUAUUCAUGA